GGGCUUGGUUUGGGGGAGGAGGCUUUUAACAGCUGGAAAUCGAAAGUGAUAGCGACGCAAGGAGGCCAGCAGCUGCUGCGGAAGGUGUGUCAACAGGAUGGAUUCAGAUGAGGACUCCUUCAUCUACCUGCCCAGUCCAGGAAUUUCAGCAAGUGAGACACUGGCAGCAGAACAAACCUUGAAAUGGCAGGAUAUGUGCAAUGCAUUGGAGGUUGACCGAUUUUCCUUGGAGGCUGGCAGAAAAGAGAGCGAACGAGAAGCAUCAAAACUUAAGAGAGAAACCGAACUUCUGCGUAAAAGACUCCAGGAGCUUGAAGAAGAGUCUCAGCCCCAGAAAGCAGGUUUUCAGAAAGAAAUUCAGUUGGCGCUGACGGAAAAAUGCCAAUUGCUAGAAGAGAAACUGGCUCUGGAAAACGAACUGGAGCAGCUGGAAAGGUUUCAGGUGGCCCAAGAAGAGCUCCACAAGGUGCCAACCAACUUACCUGAACGGGCGAUGGUAUUUAAAGGCCACAUGGAAGAAGCCAAGGAGGAGACAUUGCCUAACCGUUUGACAGCCCGGCCACAGAUUCGAUACCCUGUGCCUGGGGGAUCGGCUCUCAUCACUUUUGAAAGCCACGAGGUUGCCUCCAGGAUCAUUGAUAUGGAGCAGCAUCAAGUUCAACUGGAUGAAUUCAGCUAUGUGCAUGUGAAGGCUGAGCCGAUGGUGUUACUCUUGCCUUCAUCCUUGGAGAUCUCCCUGGAAAAGAGUCCGCGACGGGUCCUGCUGUCUGGCAUCGUGGCCUCCUCUCUGCCUGAGGACCGGCUGCUUGAGAAGCUGGAGUUGUUUUUCAGCAAGCGGCAGAACAUGGGAGGCGAGGUGUUCAGCGUGGAGCGGCUGAGCGACACUGGCCACGUGGUGCUGACAUUUAUGGAUGAUGGAGUGGCCAAGGGGCUUAUCCAAAAAGGUCAGUACCAAGUGCCCAUCGGACAGGACAUUCACACAGUCAAGCUGUCACACUAUGUUGGCGGAGAAAUCGCAGAGCUGCAGUUCCGUCCUUCGGUCUGCACUCGGACUGUCCUGCUGUCGGGGAUUCCAGACGUCCUGGAUGAGGAAUUGAUGCGUGAAGCCCUGGAGAUUCAUUUCCAGAAGCCCAGCAAGGGUGGGGGAGAAGUGGAUGUCGUUGCUUACGUCCCGAUUGGACAGUGUGCGGUAGCCGUCUUUGAAGCGGAGGAGGAGGAGGAAGACUGAGAGUGACCCUGCCUUCCAGAGGCAGAGAAAGCUUUCUUAAAUUGAUUUCAGUGCAAGUGGCUGCUCAACUCCCAUCAAGGAAAGAUCCCGCCAAGAAGGAUGCAAAGCUCUGAACAUUUGGGGGAAGGGGAAGUUUUGAUAGUCCGAAUUCUGAAUCGCUGCAAGGAUGUGGAGACUCUCAGAUAAAUCUCACUCAGGUAUAAAAAUGGAACGGAUAUCCUUGCGAGCGUAAUCCUGUAUUGAGAAGAACCAAAGGAUGGAGUUCUUGCUGUUUGGAUUAAAAAAAGAGGCAGACCCUGGCACACACUGACACCCCUUUUCUCUGAUGUGUGGACUUUUAUCUGCAUUAUUUGGUGCUUUGGUUUGUAGUUUUUCCUGCUGCCUUGUCCCUGUUCAGUAAUUCUGUCUCAAACGCUUGCAAUUCACCCAAAGUGAAGGAGAGAUUCUCAGAAAAGCAGAAUAAAAGAGAACAGCAGACUCUCCCUCCUGCUGUUUGCAAAUAAUUAAA